AUGUCAUCGUCUCACGACGAUGAGGUAAAUGUACCGGAGGCUGAACCAUGGAGAGUUACAGAGAAUGAACAUAUUGAGCAAGACCUUCUGGCAGAAGACGCUGAAAGUCAGGAGAAAGUGGAAAUCCCAGUUGAUGAUGUGGAGAAGGCGUUUUCGUUCAAGAAACUUUGGGCAUUUACUGGACCUGGUUUCCUUAUGAGCAUUGCUUAUUUAGAUCCAGGAAAUAUCGAAAGUGAUCUCCAAUCCGGUGCACAGGCAGCAUACAAACUAUUAUGGGUGUUAUUAUCAGCUCACAUUAUUGGAAUGUUACUUCAACGAAUGUCUGCAAGACUUGGAGUUGUCAGUGGCAAGCAUAUGGCAGAGGUCGCAUACCAAUUCUAUCCAAGACUUCCGAGAAUAAUUUUGUGGUUGAUGAUUGAGAUUGCGAUUGUGUGCAGUGAUAUGCAAGAAGUGAUUGGAACAGCCAUUGCAAUUUUCCUUCUUUCCAAAGGAUUGGUUCCUCUUUACGUAGGUGUGUUCAUCACAAUUCUCGACACUUUCACUUUUUUGCUAAUCGACCGAUACGGUAUCCGAAAACUGGAAUUAAUUUUCGGAGUAUUGAUUCUCACUAUGACAGCGUCGUUUGGUUACGAGUUUGUCGUUGUAAAACCGCCAAUUGGAGAUGUCAUUUCUGGAAUGGUAGUUCCUUGGUGCGCUGGUUGCGGGAAGGGAGAGUUCAUGCAAGCGAUUUCAGUAGUUGGAGCAGUGAUCAUGCCACAUAACUUGUAUCUUCACUCGGCACUUGUUAAAUCUCGCCGUGUUGAUCGCAAAGACCGUCGUCGUGUAGCCGAAGCUAACAAAUACUUCACUAUUGAAUCCGCCGUAGCUCUCUUCCUGAGUUUCUUCAUCAAUCUAUUUGUGGUUGCAGUCUUUGCCCACGGACUGUACCAGAAAACCAACGCCGAUGUUCGUGAAAUGUGCAUUGCAAGACAUGAUAUCCCGGAUGCAGACAUCUUUCCGAACAACACCGACCCAGUUGAAGUGGAUAUCUAUAAGGGCGGCAUCUACCUUGGCUGUCAGUUUGGAGCCAUUGCGAUGUUCAUUUGGGGAGUUGGAAUAUUUGCAGCAGGUCAAUCAUCGACAAUGACUGGUACAUACACUGGACAGUUUGUGAUGGAAGGCUUCGUGAAGAUUGAAUGGCCGAAGUGGAAGCGAGUUCUUAUCACUCGAGCGAUUGCCAUCACUCCCACUCUCAUUUUGACGUUCUAUUCUCAAGGCGUUCAGAAUUUGACAGGAAUGAACGACUUCCUAAACUGUGUCCAAAUGAUCCAACUGCCGUUUGCUCUGAUUCCAAUCAUCACAUUCACGUCAAGUCGGAAAAUUAUGCAUGAUUUCAGAAGCUCAAAAUUGUUCCAAAUUUUCGCUCUGAUCACAUCUGCAUUGAUUCUUUCAAUCAACGUGUAUUUCAUAUCCGACUAUGUUUCAUCUCGUCUUGGAACCGAGUGGUAUGUGAUUAUGGUUCUCGCUCCAAUCACAGUUUGUUAUGUGUUAUUUGUUCUUUACUUGGCAAUCUACUGUUUGGUUUCGUGCGAAGUGAUUCCGGGAACCGUCACUAUUCGAGGAUUCAGCUUUAAUAAAUCAUACGAGAACGACGCUCCAUGGUUGGCCGUCGAACAAUCCGCUAGUCAUGACAACGAUGGAUUUCAACAGUGA